UUAAGUCUCUGUUGAAGUGAAAUUCCAUGUGGCCCAUAGAAUUUUCUUCUAUAGGGACUACAUGCUGGGUAUGUUACUUACACUGUCGUUCUUGUUCCGUGCAGAUCAUCAAUGCUGUGGUGCUGUUGAUUCUGUUGAGCGCCCUGGCUGAUCCAGAUCAGCAUCACUUCUCAAGUUCUGAACUGGGAGGCGACUUUGAGUUCAUGGAUGAUGCUAACAUGUGCAUUGCGAUCGCCAUCUCUCUUCUCAUGAUCCUGAUAUGUGCAAUGGCUACUUACGGGGCAUACAAGCAACAUGCGGCCUGGAUCAUCCCCUUCUUCUGCUACCAGAUCUUCGAUUUUGCCCUCAACACCUUGGUUGCGGUCACCGUGCUUGUCUAUCCGAGCUCCAUUCAGGAGUACGUUCGCCAGCUGCCCCCUAACUUUCCCUACAAAGAUGACAUCUUGUCGGUGAAUUCUACCUGUUUGGUCCUGAUUACUCUUCUGUUUAUCAGCAUCAUCCUGACCUUCAAGGGUUACCUGAUUAGCUGCGUCUGGAACUGCUACCGAUACAUCAACGGCAGGAACAACUCCGACGUGCUGGUGUACGUUACCAGCAACGACACCACGGUGCUGUUGCCCCCCUAUGACGAUGCCACCGUGACUGGCGCUGCCAAGGAGCCGCCACCCCCUUAUGUGUCUGCCUAAGCCUGAGAGCGGGGUGGAGCCGAGCAUGAACUGGACCCACAGACUCCAGAGCAAUAGUUCUCUAAUCUCACUUCUGAGACGAGCUCCUGAGCUCAUUUGUUGCUGAAAUGCUACAGUUUAAAAUUUUUAGUGUUAAGUUGGCACCCUCCGUAGUUUUAAACGUAUGCUUUAGCGAGAGCACUGUGGUAGGCUACCUGUAGGAUUCCUCUGUAGGGUGCAGCGGGCUUCCCUGGGCUCCCUGGGCUCCCUGGGCGCUGAGACGUCCCAACCCUCUGGAUGAACCUGGAGGCAGAGAAGUCUGGUUUUGUACGUGCCAGGCCCCAAAGUGGGGGAAUUAGCCACAUUUCCCCCUCUCUGUUCCCUCUGUCUCUUUGAAAAGUGUAAAAUAAAAAUAGAAAUUGAACAAUACUUAGGAGCCCUCGAGAACGGGGAUGUUAAUUGUGAAUCAUUGCUCCAGUUUGGUAAACGAGUCCAUUUAUGUGCAUAAAUAAAACAGGAGUUUCCUUAA